AUGCUUGGUACCUCCGUCCCAGCAACCAAUGGUGCACCAAGUCUCUUGGGCAGACGCACCACUGCUCCGAAUUUUGUGGCGAAAUUUCUGCCCAAAAGCACCAAGGCUGAAGAACAGAACAAACAUGAAUCAAGAAUCGCACUUGCAUUGGAUAUUGACCCCACUACCAGACUUGUUGGUACUUGUAGAACACACGUGGAAAGACCUCCCGGUCCUACAUCGCCGGACUAUGAGCGAUUCGCGCCGUUUGUGUGGAAUGACAGUACCUGGAAGAAGGGCAAUAGGGAGCAUUGGCCAAUGGUUCCACCUCAAAGAGAGGCUGUUCCUCCCAAGCCUUUUCGAAUCCUGGAUGCUCCAUAUAUGCGAGACGACUUCUACUGUUCCACAUUGGCGUAUUCUUUCACAUCAGGUGUCUUGGCUGUGGGCCUGGCACAGUGUGUUUACCUCUGGUCUGAAGGUUACAUUGUGGACCGCCCGCCAUUUGGUGAUCAUCACCCGUCAAACUAUGUGACAUCACUGUCUUUCUCAUCGGAGAAUGGCGGGCGAAGUAUUCUUGCAGUUGGUCGCCAAUCAGGUCAGCUAUCUCUUUGGAGCGUCUCAGAGGACAAGGUUCGCUUUGAAAUCAGCCACCCGAAGGCCAUAUCGUGCGUUUCUUUCAAGCCACGGACUUCACGAAGACUAUCCGAGGGGUUGCAAAACAUGGAAGUAGAUGCAGAAUUUCUUGUUGUUGGUGACGAGAUAGGCAACAUUUGGUUAUACUCAGUCGAAUGGCCUGAGAUCCACAGUCAAUGGAGUUGGACUGGUUGUAUGACGCUCCUGGCCAAAAUUUCCGCCCAUGGCCAGCAGGUAUGCGGCUUGGCUUGGUCUCCUGAUGAUCAAUUUUUUGCUUCUGGGGGCAAUGACAACGUAUGCAUGCUGUUCGACUUACAUGAGAUUCUCCCACCCCCAAAAGUCGACAAUUCAGCCUUUUCCACUGCAUCUUCAGGUCCGCCAGGGAAUUCAAGCAUCCACGGGCUUCCACCUCUGACUUCUGUCACGAACCCAAGGCGUAUGGCCAGCAAGCGACGAAUUGUCAGCCAUCUUCUACCAUCAAGGGGCCAGUCUUCAUUGAGAUCGACCACAGCAGCUCCACUUUUGUGUUCAUUAGGAUGUCUCAUUUCCGGUGGCACGAAAACCGUGCUAGUUCCACCCAACCGUCAGAAACACUGCCUCGUUCAUGGCGCAGCAGUCAAGGCAAUAGCAUUCGCACCGUGGCAACCAUCACUGCUUGCAACGGGAGGAGGUACCAAUGAUCGCGCUAUUCACUUCUUCCACACCAGGACUGGGGUCUGUCUAGCAACGAUAAAUGUGUUUGCGCAAGUCACCAGUCUGAUCUGGAGCCAAACCAGACGCGAAAUUGCAGCGACAUUUGGCUAUUCGUCACCCGAGCAUCCAUUCCGGAUUGCCGUCUUUGCCUGGCCCAGCUGUGCACAGGUCGCCGUUAUUCCCUGGGGACCCCAUGGAGCAAGCUGGGAUGGCGAUGAUCAAGACGUGAACUACGAUUGUGGACGAGCAUUGUAUGCUGUCAGCUAUCCGGGCAGACCGCCUCGCCCUCUGCGUGCCCUUCUGGAAGACUCCGAUCUUCUCUACGCAACUUCGCCCCCACCUCCCAGCAUCGCCCAGCCUCUCGCGCAGUCGAAUGAGGCACGCGAAAGCAGGCGAGGGCCACGCGCGAUCCGCCCGAAAGAGAAAGAAGGUGGAAUGUGGUGUAUGCGAACAAUGGAAGAAGGAUGCAUCAUUGUGGCCUCAAGCGACCAGACCGUCAAAUUUCAUGAGGUAUGGACUGGCCGACGCAAGAGUAUCAGCUCCGCUUAUGGAAUACUGGGAGGAAGUGAUAUCCUCGAGGGUAUGGAAGGCAUCGAGAAGUCCGGCAGUGAGGUCAUUCGCUAG